AUGGAUCGUUUGAAAGAGGUAAAUAAAGAGUGUUAUGACAAGUUGGCAGCCCUGGAUCUUAAGGUAUGGACUAAAUCUCACUUCACUUCAUAUGCCAAAAGUGAUAUGCUAAUGAACAAUAUAUCUGAUACCUUUAAUGGACGAAUUUUGGAAGCUCGCAACAAGCCCAUUUUGACCAUAUUUGAAUGGAUUAGAUGUUAUUGGAUGGGGAGGUUUGCUGAGAAGAAGAAAAAGGGAGCUAAGUUCAUGGGAAAAAUACUGUCCAAACCUAGAAAGAGGUUAGACAUCAUAUGUAGAAGGUCCAUGGAAUGGCAACCUAGGUGGGCUGGGGAUUUAAAGUAUGAGUGCCCUUGCUCCACCACUAGAUCUGCCACUGUUAGCCAAAGAGGAAGGGAAAUGGGGCGUGGCAGAGGAGGAUCCAGACCUAGAAAAUCUACAUCUGCUACUCUUGCUGCUGUUGUUUCUCAGCCUGCACCACCUGCAUCAGCUACAACUACUCCACCAGUUACUGCACCGGCUCCACCACUACUUCCACCAGUGGCUGCACUAGAUCCACCACUACCUCCACCAGUGACUGCACCAACUCCACCAGUGACUGCACCAGCUCCACCACUACCUCCACCAGACCCAAGAAAUUCCACAGCUCCACCAGUGCCUCUUCUAGCAGAUCCACCACAACCUGCACCAGCUCCAACAAGGUCCACGGCUCCACCACUGUCUAAGACAAAAAAUUUUGGUGUAAGACGUAGUGGAAGAUUUAAGAUAGGUGUGAGGAAGGCAAAAGCUGGACCAACUGAAACCAUAGACCUAACAGCAGAUUAG